CGGCCGCCGCUGGUGGCAGUUGCCGCGCAGACGCCGUCCAGUAGUUGGCCAGCGGACGGAGGACGCGCUGACAGUCAGGUUCUUCCUUAGCUUUUGAAAUGUUACGCGGUUGCUGGCCGCUCCUACACUUCGAAGCAGUGUGUCACUUGCACCGCAGCUGGGUGACGGCAGUCUUUCGGCCCUUGUCAAUUCGGGGUGGUCGCGGGUUGGCGUGAAUGUGAUUUCCUGACCGCUGACUGCUCCGGUGGGGAAGAUAUUGGGGGCUGCACCACCACCGACCUUCCGAAGGUGCGCAGUGGAGCUGCGCAAUCGGUGCUUGCCUAGACAAGUGUGGACCAAGAAACUAACAGCAAAGGGAAAACUGAAAAGAAUUUAAAGGAAACAAGAAUCUAUUGACUGUGCAUGGAAGGACAGCUAAUGCGCAGGUGUAUUGGUGUUCGCCCAGGAGAAAUCGGAAUGGAUGUUACAAGCCGAUGUACGCUCGGCGAUCCUAACAAACUGCCUGAGGGAGUACCACAACCAGCUAGGAUGCCAUUUGUAUCAGACAAACAUCCCCGGCAGACUUUAGAAGUGAUUAACCUACUGAGGAAGCACCGGGAACUCUGCGACGUGGUGCUGGUUGUGGGCGCAAAAAAGAUUUAUGCACAUCGAGUUAUCCUAUCUGCCUGCAGUCCUUACUUCCGAGCCAUGUUCACUGGUGAGCUUGCAGAAAGCCGGCAAACGGAGGUUGUGAUUCGUGAUAUUGACGAACGAGCUAUGGAGCUUUUAAUUGACUUUGCUUACACGUCUCAGAUAACAGUAGAAGAGGGGAAUGUACAGACCUUGCUGCCGGCUGCCUGCCUCCUGCAGCUGGCCGAGAUCCAGGAGGCAUGCUGUGAGUUCUUGAAAAGACAACUUGAUCCCUCCAACUGCCUUGGGAUCAGAGCUUUUGCUGACACCCACUCCUGCAGAGAACUGCUCCGCAUCGCUGACAAAUUCACUCAGCACAACUUCCAAGAGGUGAUGGAGAGUGAGGAGUUCAUGUUGUUACCAGCCAAUCAGCUGAUUGAUAUCAUUUCUAGUGACGAGUUGAAUGUACGGAGUGAGGAACAGGUUUUUAAUGCAGUUAUGGCCUGGGUUAAGUACAGUAUUCAAGAGAGACGUCCACAGCUUCCCCAGGUAUUGCAACAUGUUCGCCUACCAUUGCUCAGUCCCAAGUUUUUAGUAGGAACUGUCGGAUCUGAUCCCCUCAUAAAGAGUGAUGAGGAGUGCAGAGACCUUGUUGAUGAAGCCAAAAAUUAUUUGCUUUUACCACAAGAACGUCCCCUAAUGCAGGGUCCAAGGACAAGGCCUCGUAAACCUAUCCGAUGCGGCGAGGUUUUAUUUGCAGUUGGAGGAUGGUGCAGUGGGGACGCAAUUUCAAGUGUUGAGCGCUACGACCCGCAGACCAACGAAUGGCGAAUGGUAGCUUCCAUGAGCAAACGGCGGUGUGGAGUAGGGGUCAGUGUGUUGGAUGAUCUUCUUUAUGCAGUGGGUGGACAUGAUGGCUCGUCAUAUCUCAACAGCGUAGAGAGAUAUGAUCCAAAGACCAACCAGUGGAGUAGUGACGUGGCUCCCACCAGUACAUGUCGGACCAGUGUUGGCGUGGCAGUUUUGGGAGGGUAUCUGUAUGCUGUAGGUGGCCAGGAUGGCGUCUCUUGUCUGAACAUUGUGGAAAGGUUUGACCCAAAAGAGAAUAAGUGGGCACGUGUGGCUUCAAUGAGUACCAGACGGCUAGGUGUGGCAGUUGCUGUGUUAGGUGGAUUUCUUUAUGCUGUUGGUGGAUCUGAUGGUACCUCUCCCCUUAAUACUGUUGAACGCUACAGUCCGCAGGAAAACCGAUGGCAUACCAUUGCACCAAUGGGAACUCGCCGGAAGCACCUGGGAUGUUCUGUUUACCAGGACAUGAUUUAUGCCGUUGGAGGGAGAGAUGAUACCACAGAGUUAAGCAGUGCUGAGAGGUUCAAUCCGCGGACUAAUCAGUGGUCUCCAGUUGUGGCUAUGACAUCGCGCAGGAGUGGGGUUGGCCUUGCAGUUGUAAAUGGGCAACUGAUGGCAGUGGGUGGAUUUGAUGGUACUACUUACUUGAAAACUAUUGAAGUUUAUGAUCCAGAUGCAAAUACAUGGAGGUUAUAUGGAGGAAUGAACUAUCGCAGACUGGGCGGUGGAGUGGGUGUUAUCAAAAUGACACACUGCGAAUCCCACAUAUGGUAGAGCAGUAAAGUUUGUUAUCCUUGCUGCUAUUGGAUGCUGUAAUUGUUUAGGAGAGUACACUUUCUUUCUGGUAUUCGGUUCAGUAGAAUCUAGCUGCUGAUCAAUCAAAGUAGGAGAUAUUCAGAGCUCCGUGCAAUAUGUGAUCAACGGGAAAAAAAUGACUUUUGUGUUGAUCCAAUGAACAGUUCCAAUGAUAUUGCAGAUUGAUGCCUAUACAAGUAUUGUGUGUACGGAAGCUUUCAUUCAGAACACCUCAAAAAUGGGCAGAAUAGAAAAGUUGCACAAUUGUAACUUGAAUGGUAGUGAUGAAAUCGAUUUUUUAAUCGUCAUCUUUCAAGGAAUUUGAAAUGAAAGCGGAUGUUGGUUUACAUCUUUUGGAGAUGACUAUCAAAAUAUGGAAAUAAUCUAGUUUCUUUCAGACUGAACAAUUCCACGUACUCUUAAGAAAUAAAAUAUUUAUGGUGAAUGUUAAGUUGGAGCAAAUGCAAACUCGAUUCCCCCCCCCCCCCCCCCCCCCCCGCCUAUGGAGACCCUAAUACUAAAACUACCCAUUGCUACUUUUUUCUGAUGUUUAAUAAUUUUUGUGUUUGGUACAGUGAUAAUAGUAUUUUAUUCAGGAUACAUGCAGGAGGAAUAGUCCUGAACUCCCUGAAAUAUAGCAAAACUGGAAUCUUCAAGGGCAUUGUGGUCAUGAGAGAGUGAACAGUGAUUAUUUCCCCCCUGUAAUUCUAAGUGCAUAGCGUGAUAGUGCACUUCACAUUUCUUGAGUAUAUUGUCAUGACUAAAUAAGAUGCGUUGCUGUUCCUUCUGGAAGCCAAAAAUGUUUGGAAAAGAUGUGCGAUGUACUGUAGAAAGGUUUAUCUUAAAGCAGUAUUUUCUGUUACCAGAAUUCCACUGUUUUACUUGUAAUUGAAAUGAAAAAGUUGCCCAUAACCACCUUGCUACCAGUGGACAUUGUUUAUUUUGCAUUUGUUUCAUGUGGGGCAUUGUCAGCUUUGGGUGGAUGUUAAGUGGUUUUAAAAAAAUCAUUGUUAUGUGACUGAAGUGGAUAAUACCAGUGCGAUGCGCCUUAUGCUGAACAGUCUCUUUUUAGAGGCUACACAGCUCAAUCACCAGGUGUAUCAAAUAAAUGUUCAGGUGUGCUUUUAAGUGAAGAUCAUUAAGAGAAGGAAGGUAGGUCAAGCAUUUAAUCUUAAUUCAUUGAAUUGAUCUUGUCAAUUAUAUUUUUCUUCACAGAAAAGUAACAUUACUAAUAUUAAGCGGGGCAUUGAUGUAUGUUUUAGGCUUAUAGCACUAUGUAUGUUCGAAGAAAGCUUAAGAUGUUCUAAAAUAUUGACUUGCAAAAUGUUAAAUAUUGAUGGAGAAUUCCCCAGUUUACCAUUUUUAUGUUAUUGGAAUAUGGAAAUGGGGGAGAGAGAAAUUAAAUGAAACCUCAUAUUAUCCAGCUGUUUGGCUUUUCAAAUCAGAUCUGAUUAAGAUGUUUACUUUUUCUCUUGUUGCAUUCAGAAAGAGCACAAUAUCUCUGCACCUAUAAAAAUAGUUUUUACAUUUGGAAAAAUGCUUCACGCAAUUGAUCACGUCAAGGAUGGUAACUUAAAUAACCAAUUAUAAAAUGGUAGCCUCCAUAAUGGGCGGAACAAGUUUGAUUUAUUUUCUCCCGAUAAUAGUUGUUGAGCAGCAUGUCACUGAACAGUUUACAUAAAGAUGAUUGAUGGAUUAGAUAUGCAGGUUUACUCGACACCUAUUUGCAAAGAUGUAAUGCUGUUCUUCUGUAAUGCUGUAAGUUUUCCAUUACUUAUCCCAUAAAUCUAACGUCAUGGGCUGCAGUUUGUAUUAAGUUGCCAUGAUCAAAACAUUUAAUUGGGUGUACAGUAUUUUUCACUCAAUAACAUUUCAUUUUUAUAGGAUUUAAUUAAAUUCCAAUAAAAUGGUUCCUAAGUAUUUUAUUUUAAUAGCCCUAUAGCAUUCAUUUUUCUUAAUUGUUGAAAAUCCCAUAAUUGUUUAUUGGUUUCACUAGAGUACUGUACAUUUGAAUAAAUCAUUUUUACAACACUUUGAUAAAUUGUGCAAAUAUCAGUGGACGUCUUUGUUUAGAUGAUUGCAGUUUUAUAUCCACCUUUUUUUAUUGAUGCAUUCAAAUGGUUUUCAACAUUUAGUCAGAUACCAGGAGUGUUUUCAGUGAAUUGGUGUGAAGAAAAGUCAUCCUCCAGUAUCCUCCUUAGGUAAAUGUCUGUCUUAAAGUUGACCCACUCAUUGUAACUGCAAACAAGCCUUUCUUCUUAUUUCACAUUUUUCUCCCAACAGAUCCCAUGUAGACCUAAUUUCAUAGAGCUACAAAGCACAUAAAAAUGCCCUUUGGCCUCUAAGUCCGCACAAACCUCAAACAAAUAUUAGCAGUAAUUUGCUACCGAUCAUAUUUUAUUCUUCCUGCAUUCCCAUUACCUCCCUCGGAUUCUAUAAUGCACCUAUGCAAUAGGGGUGAUUUAUGCCAGCCAAUGAUCAAACAAUCUGCAGAUCAUUGGGAUGUAGGAGAAAAUUAAGCACCUGAGGGUGGCCCCAGCAGUGAAGAGCAUAUGUGCAAACUGCACAUGUUGACAUAGCACAGGUCAGGAUCGAUCCCAGGUUGUUGGUAGUGGCUUUACUAGUUGCACCACCAAAGUUGCUUGUUCAUUAAUACUGCAUUUUGUAUUAUAUGGGCAGAAAGAAAAGGCAUCUAGUACUUUUCACGAUCUUGAGAUGCUCCAAAGUGAUUUUCUUUGUGGAUGUAAUCCCCAUUGUCGUGUAGGAAACACAGGCUUCUUUGGCACUACAAAGUCCAGAUAAACAGCAAUUUGAUAGUAACCAAAAUCUAUUAGGAUUGUUGGUUGAAAGAUGUUUGCUAGAAUACUCAUGAUCUUUGUAUCUUGUGACAGUUAAAAUAAAAUGUUCUGUCUUAGACAGAACUAAAGAUAUAAACACAAAAAUAAUGAAACGCUCUAAUUCAAGGCAGUCUUAAAGAUGGUCCAUUCAAUUCAUUUUAAUAUGACAUUGCUCUUGGAAAAAAAAGUAAUCAUUUGCAUUUGGCAAUGAAGCUCCAGAGUUACAGUAUAUGUCCACAAGCAUAAAUUAUCCAAACUACUGUAAUCUCUUAUCACAUCGCAGUCAGCAGGUUUAAAACUUAAGAUCAAAAUACACUAUAAGUUGGAUGCUGCAAAUGCAAAUCCUAUUUAUUUUCAUUACAGCUGUUCUAUACAAUUUAUGGAGUUUGGGGUUUUUGCAUAGCACAUACAUUUCUCGCUAAAGCAGCCAAUCCUAGAGUAUGCAUGCCUGCAGCUGGGCUUGAAGUACGGUGCUCAAAUCCGUACUUAUUAAUAAUUAUUCUUAGCUGCUUCAAGAUCUAUUAUGUUGAGAGACUUUAAAUCAGAUUGCUACAUUUGCUAAUGUUAACACCCUCUCUUGUUUAAAAAAAAUGUUCAUUAAGCUUUCAUACAGUUCUCUUUUAAAGCUCUCCCUUCUAUUUAGUGAACUUGGUAAUUUCUUCAGGUUGGAUUUGAUUUUAAAGCUGCUAUAUUUUAUCUUUCUCUGCCUAUCACUUAAAACUACUUCCAGAAUGGGUUUAUGCUUGGUUAUCCAAGUGAGUAGAUUGCAGUAGUUGUGGUACUUCAUUACAAUGGGCAGCAUAACAUUGCACAGAUCUGAACCACUGGAAAAUAUUGUACAGCUCAAAUGUUUAGAAUGUGGUUGAAGGGUUAUGUCAUGAUUUAAUAAAUUAUUUUACUUGUUGUUUUUUGCUGCAAGUGAUACCAGAAUAAGUGCUUGUUCACAGCUGAUUUCAUGUUUUUUUUUUCCUCUUUUAAACCCUCUACUUCUACCAUGGAUUUCAUUUAAAAUAGCACUGUGUAGAAUUAAGCAAAGUAAUUGUCAAUUGUUCACAUUUUGCCAAUUUCCUCAAGUUCCAAAUUCGUCUGGGAGCAUUAGAUUUCAGUGUGUUGGCAAUUACAUCACCUGCAGGUGCUAAUUUAUUUUAUCAGUGCUAUUUUAUGACUUUUGUAAGCAGUUAUGAGAUGUUAUGUGCACUUUCCACAAAUAAACUGUAAAUGUUUUGGUACAA